AUAUCAUUGCCUACACCAAGUAAGAGCACAUCAUCUCCAUCGUAUUCACAUCCAAAAAAUCAACCACAUAAUAAUAAUAAUUUAAAAUAUAUACAGAGAGAGAGAGAGAAGGAAGUCAUGAUGAUGAUGGUGAUGUGGUGGUUGACGGUGGUGGCCGGAGUGGCUUCCGCCGCCGUCAAAGAGUAUAAUUGGGAGGUUGGUUACAAAUUUUGGCGGCCGGAUUGCAAAGAAGGCACCGUCAUGGCCAUCAACGGCGAGUUUCCGGGGCCCACCAUCCGUACAAACGCCGGCGAUAUCGUCGUCGUCCAUCUUACUAAUAAACUCACCACCGAAGGUGUUGUCAUUCACUGGCAUGGCAUUCGACAGUAUGGAACACCAUGGGCAGAUGGGGCAGCAGGUGUGACCCAAUGCGCCAUUUCCCCCGGCGAAACAUUCACUUACAAAUUCACCGUCGACAAGGCGGGAACAUAUUUCUACCAUGGACACUACGGGAUGCAGAGAUCGGCCGGGCUGUACGGGUCGAUAAUUGUCGACGUGGCAGAAGGAGAGAGGGAGCCGCUGCGAUACGACGGAGAGUUCAAUCUGUUACUGAGCGACUGGUGGCACCAAAGCAUUCACUCCCAAGAACUCGGCCUCUCCUCUAACCCUCUCCGUUGGAUCGGCGAACCACAGAGUAUACUCAUAAAUGGAAGAGGACAAUUCAAUUGUUCAUUGGCGGCGCAUUCUAGCAAGGAACAAAUGAAUCGGUGCACGUUUGAAAAGGGUGAUCAGUGCGCUCCUCAGAUUUUACACGUGGAACCUAAUAAAACUUACCGGAUCCGAAUCGCUAGCACCACCGCACUCGCUUCCCUCAACCUGGCCGUUCAGGGACACAAGCUCGUCGUCGUCGAAGCCGACGGCAACUACGUCACGCCCUUCGCCGCUGACGACCUCGACGUUUAUUUCGGCGAGAGCUACUCCGUCCUCCUCACCACCAACCAAGACCCUUCCCGUAACUACUGGAUCUCCGUCGGCGUUCGCGGCCGCAAACCCAACACUCCUCCGGCGUUGACGCUCUUAAAUUACAGAAAUGUCCCUGCCGCCGAUCUCCCAUCGUCUCCGCCGCCGGAGACUCCACGGUGGAACGACUACGACAGGAGCAAAAGCUUCUCGAAGAAGAUCCUCUCAGCCAUGGGAACUCCGCCUCCGCCGAAGAAAUCUGAUCGCCGAUUGAUUCUGCUCAAUACGCAGAAUCAGAUCGACGGAUUCACGAAGUGGGCAAUCAACAACGUGUCGUUAUCAGUACCGGUGACGCCAUAUCUGGGUUCCAUCAAGCACGGAUUGAAAGGCGCGUUCGAUCCGAAAUCGCCGCCGAAGAAUUUCCCGGCGGAUUACGACAUUACCAAACCGCCGGCGAAUCCGAACACGAUGCCCGGCAACGGGAUCUACACUUUUCCGAUGAACAUCACCGUCGACGUGAUUCUACAGAACGCGAACGCGUUGAAUCCGAAUGUGAGCGAGAUCCAUCCAUGGCAUUUGCACGGCCACGACUUCUGGAUUUUAGGGUUUGGAGAAGGUAAAUUCCGUCCAGGAGUGGACGAAAUGGCGUUUAAUCUGAAGAAUCCCCCGUUAAGGAACACGGCGGUUUUGUAUCCGUACGGAUGGACGGCGUUAAGAUACGUAACGGACAAUCCAGGGGUAUGGUUCUUUCAUUGCCACAUCGAACCGCAUUUGCAUAUGGGCAUGGGAGUGGUUUUCGCAGAAGGAGUUAACCGGCUCGGUAAGGUUCCACCAGAGGCGCUCGGUUGCGGUCUGACCGGGAAAAUGUUCAUGAACCGGAACCGUUAAGUUACGGCUGUUGUCUUAACGGCGUUUGGUUUCGUUAUUAGUUUCCGUUGGUUUGGUUUCCAUGUUGUGUGAUCAGUGAUGGUUUAUUACACCGUGUUGUAUAACCGAGUCGGUUUAGUUUAUUGGUUUAGGAUGUGUGAUAAGUGAUGCCAAGGUUUGUUGUACCGUGUUUAGAGGAAAUUUGUUCAAUGUAUUAUUAUUUUGAUUAAAAAACCUAACAAUAUUUGGAUA